AUGGACUUGCACACGCUUAUUGACAAGUUCCAAGCCAAUGUCAAAAUUCUCAAGCAGUUGGGGGAGCAAACUGAACACUGGGAUGUGCUACUAAUUCACUUGCUCAGUACUCGGUUGGAUGCUGUUACGAGACGCGAUUGGGAAGAGUAUGCAGAGGCAAACGAGACGACCAAGUUUCAGCAGUUGAUAGAGUUUCUUCAACGUCGAGUCAAUGUGUUGGAAACGGUUAGCGGCAAGUCAGCGGAGAUGGCAACACUAGCGAAGAAACAUAAUCCACCUCGUUCAGCAAAUCACGGAGCUUCACAGCAAGCAUCGCGCCAAUGUCCAGCGUGUUCUAGCCAGCAUUCUCUCUACCAGUGUGGAGAAUUUUCAAAAAUGUCGGUUGACGAGAAGGAGCGUGUAAUCCGACGCAAUCAGCUUUGCCGAAACUGCCUACGACGAGGCCACUUGGCAAAGGAGUGUUCAUCUGAAAGCAGCUGUCGCAAGUGUAGAGGGCGGCACCAUACGCAGUUGUGCUAUGCCUCAAGAUCAGAGGGUAGCAGUCGACCCGCAUCCCUCAUCCAGCCAAGUCAGCAAAGCAGCAACAACGAACAACUUUCUUCCACCCCAGCGGCACAUACUGGCAUCACGAGUUGCACUUCCUUGGACAGAUCUAGAACGAAGGUGCUGUUAGCUACAGCCAUCGUCAUCAUGGUGGACAACAACGGGAUAGAGCAUCCGGUACGAGCCUUACUGGAUUCAGGCAGCGAAUGUUGUUUCGCAACGGAGCGGCUACUCCAGCGAAUGAAGGUUCGUCGGUGCAAGGUGAAUCUGCCUAUUGCAGGGAUUGGUGAAGCUGCUACAGAAGUUCACUGCAAGUUCCAGUCCACCAUAAAGUCCAGAAUCUCCAACUAUGUUGCCACAAUCGAAGCCUUCGUCCUACCGAGGAUCACCGUAGACCUUCCAUCAAUUUCCGUUGACGCCUCUAGAUGGUCGCUUCCAACGGGAAUUCAGUUAGCAGAUCCAUCUUUCUAUCAAUCCGGAGUUAUUGAUGUUGUGCUGGGAGCGGAGGUGUUUUUCGAUCUCUUCAGCGUAGCAGGUCGCAUUCCAUUGGGCGAGUCUCUUCCGUGCCUCGUGAAUUCAGUCUUUGGUUGGGUGAUUAGCGGCAAAACUUCUCAAGAACAUUCAAGAUCACCCAUUGUCUGCAACGUAGCUACUACUGCCGAAAUACAACGCAACAUGGAGCGGUUUUGGGCCAUCGAGGAUGAUUCGGGAGUUGUACACUCCCCGGCUGAAGCCUACUGCGAGAAAUUCUUUUCUGACACGGUCUUUCGCUGCGAAGAUGGACGGUAUAUGGUGCGCAUACCGUUCAAAGAAGAGGUUUUGAAGAAGUUGGAGAACAAUAAACGCACUGCACUUCACCGCUUCCGUUUGCUCGAGAAUCGCCUGGGACGAGAUCCAAAGCUAGCUAUAGAAUACAAGAAAUUCAUGGAAGAAUACGAGAAGUUAGGACAUAUGAAGCGAAUCGACGAGUCUGAGGCAGCAUCUGGGCUUGCAUACUUUCUACCUCACCAUCCAGUCAUUCGCGAAGACAGCAGCACCACCAAGGUCCGCGUCGUAUUUGAUGCCUCGUGCAAGAGUGUUAGUGGAGUUUCCUUUAACGAUGCCAUGCUGGUUGGUCCAAUCGUUCAGGAGGACUUGAGAGCUAUCACGAUGCGAUCUCGCAUGCAUCCAAUAAUGCUUAUCGCCGACAUCGCCAAAAUGUAUCGGCAAAUUCUGCUGUUUCUUGAAGACUGUCGAUUUCAUUUGAUUUUCUGGCGCCAAUCACCAGAAGAACCGAUCCAAAUCUAUAAAUUGAAGACUGUGACCUACGGCACUGCUUCAGCACCGUAUUUAGCCACUAGAGUGUUGAAGCAGAUCGCACAGGAUGAAAGCUCAAAUUUCCCGCUCGCAGCAAGCGCAGCCAGCGAAGAUUUUUACGUAGAUGACUUCUUUUCCGGAGCAAGUACUGUCGCCGAAGCCAUUGAACUGCGAAAGCAGAUGGACGCCAUGUUGAAUUCAGCUGGGAUGCAACUUCGGAAAUGGGCGAGUAACUGUCCGGAAGUGCUUGAUGGAAUUCCUCCAGAGAAUCGAGCGUUAAAACCUCUGGUGAACUUCGAUAAAAAUCAGUCAAUAAAAACUCUUGGCCUGCAUUGGGAGCCGUGCUCCGACCAGUUAAAAUACAUUGUUCCCGAAGCUGCCGUCGACGCUGAUACAAUAAUUACGAAGCGCAGUUCUCUUUCCUGCAUAGCCAAGUUGUUUGACCCACUCGGUUUGGUAGGACCUGUUGUAGUCGUUGCCAAAGUUUUUAUGCAAUCGUUAUGGGGUCUUAAGGAUGACAACGACAAGCCGUACGACUGGGACAAGGAAUUGCCAGAAGAUAUGAAACGCCGUUGGAUCGAAUACUGCUCCGAACUGCCUCGUUUGAAUGACUUGCGUAUCAACCGAUUCAUUUUGCUCCCUGAUUCUAUCUCUGCCGAACUCCAUUUCUUCUCGGACGCCUCUUUAGCUGCGUAUGGAACAUGUGCGUACAUCAGAUCAACGAACGCUUUGGGGGAAGUAAAGGUUGCUCUGCUCACGUCUCGAUAG